UUUUGUGUAAUAUAAACAAAAAACAAAAUACACAUUUUUAUAUUUCAGUCUGUGAUAAGAUAAGACUACGAAAUGUUGGAAAAAUAUAGUAAUGUUAUAAUUUUUCUCCUGUUGACUUUAUUGAAAAAUAAUUUUGGCCAUGAAAUAAAAAUAUAUGGUCCUGGUUUACAACCUAAGAAUAUUGUAAUGCCGGCGCGAUAUUUCUUCGUUAACUUUACAACUAUAGAUGAAAACUCAUACACAAAAAAUUUAGCACUUAACUUUGCAGUGGAAAUAAAUGGAAAAUCUUAUAAGAGCAAUCAUUGUCGUGUUUGGACAAAUACUUUGGACCGAAAAGAUGGAACAUUUAUAGUACGAUACAAAUUAUAUGAGACUUGUAAAGAACUAUCAAUUGGCAUUUAUUAUAAAAACAAACAUAUCCAUGAUUCUCCUUUUAGAUUUGAAGGUCCUAUUCAACCAGAUCAAUGUGAUUGCCCAAAAAAAGAUAUGUUCCAAUGGCUUAAAGAUUACGAAUGUCCUGCAUCAUAUGACCAAAUAGAAUAUGAUCUCAGACCAUUCAAAGGAUUAAUUAUGUCAAAACAAAUAAAAAACAUAAUUAAAAAUUAUCACAAACCUGAAAGUACAAGUUUUUGUCAUUAUGUUAUAAAAUAUAAUGAAGUAUACAGAGACUGUUAUGGAAAACAUAUAGGAUUCAACAUGUUUGCUGAUAGCAUUUUACUGUCGUUAACAAGAAAAGUUAUCAUGCCUGAUAUGGAGUUAGUCAUAAAUCUAGGUGACUGGCCACUUGUGCAUAAGGGGAGCGAACCACUUCCUAUCUUCUCUUGGUGCGGCAAUGAAGAAACAUUGGACAUUGUGAUGCCUACCUAUGAUAUCACUGAAUCAGCUUUAGAAAAUAUGGGGAGAGUCACAUUAGAUACAUUAUCAGUACAGGGCAAUGUGGAACGUAAGUGGGCGGAUCGAGAGGAUCGCGCGUUUUGGCGUGGGCGCGAUUCUCGUGCUGAAAGAUUGAAGUUAAUUGAUAUAGCUAGAGCCCAUCCUGACCUAAUUAAUGCUUCUCUAACGAAUUUCUUCUUCUUCCGUGACAAAGAAGCACAAUAUGGACCAAAGCUACCUCAUAUAUCUUUUUUUAAAUUCUUUGAUUAUAAAUAUCAAAUAAAUAUUGAUGGGACUGUGGCCGCAUACAGAUUACCAUACCUUCUGUCUGGAGGUUCUUUGGUUAUGAAGCAACAAUCACCAUACUAUGAACAUUUUUAUAGCAAAUUACAACCUUUUGAACACUUUGUUCCAAUUAAAAGCGAUCUUUCUGAUUUACCGGAAAAAAUUAUUUGGGCGAGAGAACAUGAUGAGGAAGCACAUCAAAUUGCUCGAAAUGCAAGAAAUUUUGCUACGAAUAACCUGUUACCACAGCAUGUUAUAUGUUAUCAUGCUGUUUUAUUCUUGGAAUGGAGUAAAAGGAUUAGAAGUAAAGUCAACGUUAGCAAAAAUAUGACACAUGUCCCACAAGAGGAAUUUGAAUGCAACUGUGAUUCGACAACAUUUGCAGUUCAUGGAGAAUUGUGAUAUGCUUUAGAAAACAAAAUAGCUAUCCCUAAUCUACAAUAAUAUUAUCAAGCUGAAAAGUUGGUUUGGGCUAAUCUCAGAAUCUACUGGUUAGAAUUGAAAAAUUGUUUGUGUAUUAGAUGGUUUAUUACCGAGGAAGGCUUAUUUAUUUUUAUAUUUUUUCCUCAAAUAAACCCGGGUGAAACCACGGGUCACAGCUAGCUAUAAAUAAUUGAAAUCUCAUUUAUAUAGAAACUCAUUAGUAGUAAAAUAGUUUUCAUCACCGUUUAUUAAAAAUCAUAAUUGUUUUAAUCUUAAGAUAAAUAACAUUGCCUUUAGAGUAAUUUAAGUGUAAAUAGGUUUAUGGAACCAAAUGUUUUAGGAAGUAAUAUAUUUUUGUAUUAA